AUGGAUCCUUCCGAAGAGAAUGACUGGGGCAUUGCAGAAUCAGACAGAGAAGCAUCGCAGUCAUCGCACACUACACUGGGCCGUGACGUCGAUUUCGCAGCCUCUGAUCAGCACGACGGGGAUCUAUUCGUCAAACAAGAGGGAUAUACAGACAGAUUCGUACUCGAUGCACCAGGUUCAGACUGCGAGUCAGGCUACGAGUCGCUUAGCGAUAGCGAGUACUCCGAUGAUGGCUCUGAGUCGGAGAUGAGAGAAGAGGGUCACCAGGUUACACCGAAACCGACGACGAACCUCAAACCCCAGAAGAGGAAGAGGGCCCCAAGACGAAAGAAUGCCAGAGAUUACGUCGAGAGAGUGGUAAACGAUAAGAUUCUAAGAAGCCUAAGAAAUGAGGUACGAAAGGAACUCGCCAAGAAGAGGCCGAUCAGUCAUGAACUUUUAGACAUUGUGCCUCCGAAGGCCAAAAGACCGAGAAGAACGAGGGAGAUGAACUCAAACGCAAUGCCGACGACCAGUCACCCCCCUGAAGCGUCUCAGGAUGCUAUCAAGGCUCCUUCAAUUUGUUUACCUCUUAGUAAAAUGACAAAGGUUUCGAGCGCAGCGAGGCAAAGAGACAUUUCUCAGAGGAAGAAUACUGGAAACGACAAUCGCCGGAGUGGCACCCAGGGUCGGGACGUCAACGAGGGUAGGAAAGUCUUCGGGCAUGGCAUGAUCGAGUCCUACACAGAUUUGGCGAACAACAGCCGCCGCUACGGCCUUAAGGGCAUGGUCAAGAGCACAAAGCUUAUUGAGUGGCAAUUAACGCCAGCUGCGUGGAUGGUGAAACGGGAAAAUGGUCUCGCACCGCCGUACGGCGGUGUUCUGGCCGACCAGAUGGGCAUGGGAAAGACGAUGGUGUCCUUGGCGUGCAUCGUCGGCAACCCUCCUACGAACGCCUCAUCGGACGGGUUUUCUGGGGCGACCUUGAUCAUCGCACCCAAAGAGGUGGUUGCGAGGCAGUGGCAGCAAGAGAUUUCCGCUCAUGUGGAAUGCAUCGGCCCUAAGGAGGUUUACUAUUAUAAACGCAAGAUUCAUGCAGCCUCUGGUGGCGACAUCUCGCGUUACAAGAUCGUCAUCACAACCUACCAGGAGUUGGUGCUCAGCCUUCCUUCUGAUCAAGUCAUGAGGAAACUCAAGAAAGACUUCUUCAAUGCUUGCAACUUUUUAACGACCAAAAACAUAUGGCUUCUCAGCGCAACGCCUUUGAUUGACAAAGCAGAUAAAGAAACGUUUUCUAUCGUCAAGACGCUCCGAGUUGAGAACAUGAAGACGAAAGAAGACUUCAAAGCCGCGUUUCCGGAAUCGUCAACUCAACUUGACGCCCUGAUGUACGUCUGCACCUACAGACGGACUGAAAAAGAUGAGUUCCUCGGCGAGCCAAUCCUUAGGAACAUGGCGCCCUUCAAAACUGAAGUCAGAUGGGUUGAGCUAUCCAAGCAAGAAAGGUUGGCCUACGAUCUGAUGACAGAAGCUUACGGUAAGUCUGAGGAUAAGGAAAUCAGCAAGAAACUCAAAAGCAUUCGUACGACUCGCCAGAGACAGUUCAUUUCACACCCCUAUGGCAUCGAGAAAGGCCUCAGGACGGAGCUCGCACCUGAACUACUAGAACAUAUGUUCAACAGUCUGGGAGUCUUCAGCGACGGCGUGGCCGGGGAUGGUGUCCCAAUGGGACAACAACUUUCCCUACGAUCUCUAAUUCGUUACACACAUAACGAGGCUACGAUGAGCUUCAACAAGUGUGGCAUUUGUGGAAUAGGGAGCAUUGAAGAACCACAGAUCAUCGACACAUUUGUUCCUCAGUGCAACCACGUUUUCUGCCGCGACUGUCUUCGAGACACAUGGCAAUUCAAAGCAAAGGAGGGCGUCUGCCAACAAAAGGGCUGCAAAACCGACUACGAUAAGGAGGUUGAUGUCAGAAUGGUCAUGACCCUCGCCACCAAGGAGGCUGAAUGCGACAGACUGGAUGAGACCGAGGCCGCAGCAGACCCAUCAUCGUCAGCCCAGACUCUGUCUUCUGGUAGAGGAUUGAAAAGAAAGAAAACUGUUGGCAAGCCUUCGCAGGUGGCAAGAGAAAGGCAAAUGAGGGCAUUCAUCAACAAGAAGUACGGGGCUGAUUUCAAUGGCGUGCUCCCAAAACUUGCAGACGAAGGCAUUUCCUUCAUCAAGCAAGGAAUGCGAGAGAACGAAGGCAAGAUGCCUCUCGGCACCAAGCUCACUGUGGCAAUGAACCUGAUCGUUCAGUACCAGCAAGAGCGAAUCAAAGUUUGGGACAAGAAUGAUAUAAACCAGAGAAGAUACGAGAUCCAGAGCCCAAAAACCAUCGUCUUCCACGAGUUCACCAAGACUGCCGUAGCUUUGGGUAUAGCUUUGAACGCCAAGGAUAUUACAUUUGUCUACCUCAAUGGGGGCUUGACAGAGACUCAGAAGAAGAAAGCCAUCGAUGCCUUCCAGGAGAACAAAGAUAUCAAAGUCUUGAUCGCAUCCUUCAGAAUCGGCGGUCAAGCUUUGAAUCUUACUUGCGCAAGCAAGAUCAUCCGCAUCGACUCGUGGUGGAACGAGUCGGCUGAGAAGCAGGCCGACGGCCGAGUCCACCGCGUCGGCCAGAUGCAAGUUGCGUCGUCGGUUGACAUAAAGGUCAAGGAUACCGUCGAUGAUCGCAUCUGCGAAUUGCAGGCCGCGAAGUCCGAAAAGAUUGAUCAUUGCCUCCAAGAUGACGGUCAUAGCAUCCAGCUCUUUAGCGAGCUUGAACUCAUCAAGUUGACAGCUCCACAGCGAUACAAGGAGCUGGUCGAGUUGCAGCUUGGCGUUAUCAGAGAAGAAGAUGCUGCGGAGAGAAUUUGGGUCCCGAGCUGA